AGGGACUCCUCCCCUCCCUCUGCAGAGUUGGGAUCUCUCCCUUUCUGCGGCCAGCUCGCCUUGACAGCCAGCACUGGCGCAGAGUCUGAGCUCAAACCUUUACCACUAUUUUUCUGGCAAAUAGCGACAAUUCACGGCCACAACUUUCCGCACAUCCUCGUCCGGAGACAAGCGUUGGAGCGGCCUCGUCUAGAAUGGGGAACCGAGACGAUGAAUACGAUUUCUUGUUCAAAGUUGUGUUAAUCGGAGACUCGGGCGUAGGGAAGAGCAACCUGCUCUCUCGAUUCACACGAAAUGAGUUCAACCUGGAGAGCAAGAGCACCAUCGGGGUGGAGUUCGCCACGCGCAGCAUUCAGGUGGAUGGAAAGACGAUAAAGGCCCAGAUCUGGGACACAGCCGGACAGGAGCGCUACAGAGCCAUCACCUCAGCAUACUACAGAGGAGCGGUGGGGGCGCUGUUAGUGUAUGACAUCGCCAAACACCUGACCUACGAGAACGUGGAGCGCUGGCUGAAGGAGCUGAGGGACCACGCCGACAACAACAUCGUCAUCAUGCUGGUGGGCAACAAGAGCGACCUGCGUCACCUCAGGGCCGUACCCACAGACGAGGCCCGGGCCUUCGCAGAGAAGAACAAUCUGUCAUUCAUAGAAACUUCAGCCUUGGACUCAACAAAUGUUGAAGAAGCCUUCAAGAAUAUCCUCACAGAAAUAUACCGCAUCGUAUCGCAGAAACAGAUCGCUGAGCGGUCCGCCCAUGACGAGUCCCCAGGAAACAACGUGGUGGACAUCAGCGUGCCACCGACCACGGACGGCCAGAGGGGGAGCAAACUGCAGUGCUGUCAGAACCUGUAACCCAUGGCAACUGUCCCUCCUCACCUGGGUCGAUUAUUAAUUGAAAUCCACAGUGUUGAUAUGCUUCCAUCUGUCCAGGGUGCAAUGUUGUUUGAAUCUGCACUUUUUUUAGACCAGUGGAGUCAGUUCCAUUAUUGCCGCGAGCAGUCAAUCCCAGAAAGAAGUGUGUGAAUUGAUUUCAACUUGUAAUCUGACCCAGGUACAGUCUGCUACUUUCUAGUGCAAAAACAGGACUGAUGGUACGACGGCUACCACAGUUAACCGUGACAGAGUAGCAGAAUAGCCUCGUCUGAGACCCUGUAAGCCUAGACAUCUCCCUGGUAGACGGUAAUCGCCACAUGUUGGAGGCCCGGGUUUCAAAUCCUGCCCGUUUCAGUUGUAUCAGCAGUCCUGUUUUUGGGCUUCUCUCCUCCUCGUUCAGUCAUCAUCUCAAAAAGUGGUCGUGACGCUGCUGACGCUUAUUUCAUUUUGUGUAAAAUAUAUUCUUUUUUUUUUUAUUUUGAUAGCUUGUCUGCUCACAUACAUUAUAUUAAUGCCAUGAAAUUAAAUUUUACAAUAUUA